AUGGGUGGGACCAAAAUUCAUGAUUUUGCUCCUUCCUCCAAAUUCAUGGACUCUCCCAGAUCCAAGAAAAGGGCCAAAAGGCUUUACCAAGUUUGGCAAGGUCGAAAUAAAUUUACGUGCGGUGGGAGAUUGAUCUUUGGUCCUGAUGCAUCAUCCCUUUUUUUGACAAUCUUCCUGAUAGGGGGCCCUGCAUUAAUAUUCUGUAUCAAGAUGCUUGUGAGGAUUAAAGAAGUUGACUUCUUGUACGGGAAUAUUGUGUUGACUAUAGGAUUUUUCCUCACAGUUUUGGAUUUGAUUUUUCUCUUCAUGACAUCUGCAAGAAAUCCAGGAAUAGUUCCUAGGAGCUCAUGGCUCGCUGAAUGUGACGAAUCGUCUUAUUCCUCUUCAUCUGUAGAUUGGAUCAACGGUGCAAGUCCUGAUAUAAAAUUACCCAGAACAAAGGAUGUAUUUGUCAAUGGGCACAUAGUUAAAGUGAAGUACUGUGACACUUGUUUUUUAUAUCGUCCACCACGUGCAUCUCAUUGUUCAAUCUGCAACAAUUGUGUCCAGAGGUUUGAUCACCACUGUCCAUGGGUGGGGCAGUGUAUUGGACUUCGCAACUAUCGGACGUACAUAUUGUUUAUAUCGACAUCAACAAUCUUGUGUAUAUAUGUUUUCACAUUUACUUUAGUGAACAUACUCAAGGAACCAGGCAGCAUGUGGGGUAUCUUGUCGAGGGAUAUAAUGUCUGUCGUUCUAUUAGUGUACUGCUUCAUUGCUGUUUGGUUUGUAGGCGGCCUGAGUGUCUUCCAUUUCUAUCUUAUCUGCACCAACCAGACGACAUAUGAAAACUUCCGGUAUCGGUAUGAUAAAAAAGAAAAUCCAUAUAACGGAGGGACGAUAAAGAACCUCAAGGAAAUAUUUUUCUCUAAGACGGCUCCAUCUCUGGUAAAUUUCCGCAAAUGGGUGAUUGUGGAAGACGAAUCAAUUAUAGGAUCCAUGACAAAAAGAAUUGAAGGGGAUAUUUCGAACUCCAUGGGGAAGAAAGACCUGGACCCUGGUAUUAUUGGCAAGGAUGGUAAGCGGCAUAAUAUGGAUUAUAAUGGCAUUGACGACAGUUUGAAGAAGGGAAAUGGAGGAAAAGUUAUGCCUGACCCUUUCUUCCAUCCGGGUCAAGAAGAAAAACUUGCUACUGGAGAUGCUACUUUUGACAAUGAAGGGACUGAGGCUAGCUCCCAGAGAAAUUCAUCUGCAGUGCUUCAGAGGGUGAAGGUUUGA